AUGCCAGCUGGUCUCAUGACGAAAAUCUCUGAAAAUGGAACAAAUUUCUCAAUUGGUGAACGUCAACUUGUGUGCUUGGCUCGAGCGAUUAUAAGAGAAAAUAAAAUUCUGGUGAUGGAUGAAGCGACAGCAAAUGUCGACCCACAAACCGAUGCAUUGAUUCAAGAAACGAUUCGACAGAAGUUUGCUGAGUGCACAGUUUUGACGAUCGCCCAUCGACUUAACACUGUCAUGGACUCAGAUCGGAUUCUCGUGAUGGAUGCUGGUCAAGUUGUUGAAUUUGCGUCACCACAUGAACUUCUAUCGAAAACAAAUAAGUCACGAAUUUUCUACAACAUGUUAAAGGAAACAGGCAAAUCAACUUUUGAAAGUUUAAGGAAACUUGCUGAAGAGGUGAAUUAA